AUGGACGGCUGUCGGGGAGCAAGUUCGGCUGACGCAGAGGACAAGCCGAUUUUUAAGUACUAUAGCACAGCAUCUGAAGGGUACAUCAGCACCAAAGUUGAUGAACCAGCUGAUGAUGAAAGGCUUAAUUCCACUGAAUUGGAAUUAAAAUGUUUCCUUAUAAAUCCUCAAGACUUGACUCCAGAACCAGCAGUUAGGAAAAAAGAGAAAAGCCGCAAGAAGCGUCAACCAAGAGCUGAGGAGUCUCUGCGGAUGCCUCCCCAAAAUAAUUUGUCUUCAGCUUCUUUAACGUCCAAUUUCAGUGAUGGUCAGAACUUGUCAUCGCAACACUUGACGCCUUCGCCUUUGACAACUUCAAACCAACCUGAUCUUAGACGUAGUACCAGCCUCAUAGACCAUGGAACAAGGAGUAAACAGUUCCAAGAAAUGGGCUUGCCUUCAUUUUGCCCAAGUUUCUUGUUUCUGUUGCGUGUUCUUCUUGAUGUUGUGUAUGAAUGCUUCCGAUUACGUCUUGAACAGCGACCUGCAGGAGAACCAUCAGCUCUCAGUGUGCGCCAGUUAAUACGUGAAUGUAAAGAUGUUUUACGUGGUGGCAUCUACAUGAAGCAGUUCUAUCAAAAAAUGGUUUCUACUGUUGUCUGGGAUGCUGAUACUAAUGAAGCUGAUGAAGUCAUGGAUCUUGAGAAAUUUGAUGAAUAUAUGAAAGAAAUGUUAGGAGUUUACUUCAAUUACUUACAACAUUGGAUGAGUAACUUGCAGAACCUUCCAGAUGCUUCACACAGUUUAAAAAACACUUUAGAAGAAGAGUGGGCUUUUACUAAAAUUAUUUGUCCUCAUGUGAUUGGAGGAGAAGCAGAAGCAGGCAAACGAUUCAGUGCAAUGGCAAGUAGUUUACUUGCUUCCAUAAUGGACUUUUUGGAUAGUGGUAUAGAUGAAUUCUACACACAAGACAAUGAAGAAUACGAGAAUGAAGAAGAGAAAAACUCUAAUGAAAAUAAUGAAGACAGUAAAAAUAAUCAGGGAGAAUUGGAAAGUAAAGAAAAGAGUGAAAACAGAAAAUCCAGACCAAAAAAGUACAACAGAAAUGAUUCACAAAUACUGAAAGGAACUUGUGAAAAAUCAGCAGAUGAUAGCAGUGGUGAUAAAACUGAUGAGGAUAUUUAUAGCAAAGAUAAAGUUUCUAAAUUGAGACAUCGUAUUCAGCAGACAUUUCGAGAUUUCAAAAACCUUUUCCGUGAAGGAAGAGAAAGAUCAUCAAAAGCUUUGGGCUUUGCUAAAAUGUUAAGAAAAGAUCUUGAAAUUGCUGCUGCUUUUAAAAUCAACAUUUCUACUGUAGAGCUAUUACAAAAACUGAAACAAACAAAACAUAUCAUGGUGACUGUUCCUCCCAAACUUGGUUAUAUGAUUUUUAUUCCCGAGAGAAUCUUGUCAGAAAAGCGCCUUAUCUUGCAAUUGCUGAAUGUCACUUGUGGCAAAGAGGAUUAUUCACCCCAACAAGAAUCAUAUAGUCAGUAUGAUGGACAUGACAAAGGUUAUCUAUUGAUGAUGCAAUGUGAUGAUGAACAAGACAGUCUGUUGUGGGAAGAGCCAAUCGUUCCUGUGGAUGCCACUGCACAAACAGCUAUUGCUUUGUCUCAUAUUGCAGUUGAUGGUUUAAUGAUGGUUGUGACUCGUUCAUCCCUACUUCCUCCUCUGCGUGAGGAAUUCUCUCAACUGAUGGGCAAAUCCGUGGACAUUGUUCAAGAACAGAUUUCUUGCCACCAGGCUAUUUCUGAAUCUUUAGCGGAACUCAAGGAAACAGCAAUGAGUUUACGGAAAAAAAUAGCAUCCACUAUAACCCAGCUGAGUGAAAAGUUGUACUUUGUUGAAAUGAAAAAGAUGGAUUAUAAAGAAAGAAGCCACUUGCUCAAUCUUUAUUGUGUCACCAUUUAUAAAGGAUACAAUUUUGGUUUUGAGUAUCACAAAGAAUUGCAACGACUUGUGUCAGACGAACAGAAAGCUCAGUUGGGAAGGAGCAUGAUCAGCUUUGCUAAAGAUUGGAUGAAAUUUGUUAUGGAGAAAUGGGAAAAAGGACGUGGACGAAGGCCAACAUGGGCUCAACAAGGAAUGGACUUUUUGGUGUUAGUUUGUGAACCUGAAUUUACAGGACAAGUCACUGAAAAAGAAUUCUUGGACUUGAUAUUGAAGAUUAAGAUAUUUCUUGAACAUUUAGUUGGAGGAUCAAGUACUAAUCCAAGAAGUCCGACUUCAGGUUAUCUCUCUAGCCCCGAAGUUCAUGAAACUUUACUCUUCCCAAGUGCUGAAGAAACACGAGCCACAAACUCUUCCAUAUUGCACACACCACCUAUUUCUGCUGAUUCUGUCUCUAUAUCUCCGCUAAAAUCCAGAGGUAAUCGUCAUUCUCGUAUCAUUGAUGCUAUCAACCAACUGGAAAAUGAACGUAACAAGAAACUACAAAUGUCACACAUUAUAGGAUACAAGACAGAUAGAAUGGCUGACCUUAAUUUGGGCAUUAGGGCCAGAAGAGUCAAUUUCAGAUGGCAAAGAGGCAUCAAAAUAGGGGAGGGAACAUUUGGUAAAGUUUAUACUGCUGUCAAUGUUGAUACAGGAGAGCUGAUGGCAAUGAAAGAGAUGAAAUUAAGGCCAAGUGAUAAGAUGAAAAACCCAUUGAAGGGUGUAGUGGAUGAAAUGAAAAAUCUGGAAGGCAUCAUUCACCCGAACCUUGUGAAAUAUUAUGGAGUAGAAGUACAAAAGGAUGAAAUGAUUGUAUUUAUGGAAUAUUGUGAUCGUGGCACUAUUGAAGAAGCAUCUAAGCUUGGCCUUCCUGAAAGCAUGAUCCGUAUGUAUACUCGUGAGAUAUUGAAAGCUCUUAGUCACCUGCAUGAUCAUGGAAUUGUUCACAGAGAUCUCAAAGGGGCCAAUGUGUUUCUCACUUCAAAUGGUUCUGUUAAAUUGGGUGAUUUUGGUUGUUCAGUCAAACUAAAGAAUCAAUCAACGGUUCCCGGUGAAAUCUGUGAUUUAGUUGGUACUCAUGCUUACAUGGCACCAGAAGUCUUUUCCAAAAAUGAUGAAGAAGGACAUGGGCGAGCUGCAGAUAUCUGGAGUUUAGGUUGUGUUGUAUUAGAGAUGGCUACAGGCAAGAGGCCUUGGCACGAAUUUCAUUCCUACCAAAUAAUGUUUAUGGUUGGUAUGGGGAAUAUUCCUGCGAUUCCAGAUAACCUCAGUUCAGAAGGCAAGAGUUUCUUAGAGAAUUGUUUACAAUCUGAUCCAAGUUUACGAAUGUCAGCCAAUGAUUUACUGAAUCAUCCUUUUCCUAAGGUUUCUGAUGAAGAUAUGAACCUGGGUGAAGUGUCUAACAAAUAA